GACACCGUUGCGAGAGGAACACAACACAACACAAGUCUAUGACUAUGAUUCUUCUUAUAGAUAGUUGAACACUGCCGCUUCCAUGGCGUCUUCUACUUCCUCGCUUCAAAAACUGCUGUGUCCUCUGCUCUGAACUAAACAAGCUUUCAGCUUUUCGGCUUCAGUGAAAAAUGGGGAAGAAAACGAAGAAGCCCGGAAAAGGAAAAGAAAAAACAGAGAAGAAAACCGCCAAAGCAGAGGAAAAGAGAGCUCGCAGAGAGACCAAGAAGCUCUCUCCCGAGGACGACAUCGAUGCCAUUUUGUUAAGUAUACAAAAGGAGGAAGCUAAGAAGAAGGAAGUUCAUGUUGAGGAAAAUGUCCCAGCUCCUUCUCCUCGAUCAAACUGUACGUUGAACAUUAAUCCCUUGAAAGAUACUGAAUUGAUCCUCUAUGGGGGUGAAUUUUACAAUGGCAACAAGACAUUUGUCUAUGGUGAUUUGUACCGGUAUGACAUUGAAAAGCAGGAAUGGAAGUUAAUUUCGAGUCCUAAUAGUCCACCUCCCCGCAGUGCUCACCAAGCAAUUGCUUGGAAGAAUUAUCUCUAUAUCUUUGGUGGAGAGUUCACAUCACCAAAUCAGGAGAGGUUUCAUCACUACAAGGACUUUUGGAUGCUUGACCUAAAGACAAAUCAAUGGGAGCAACUUAAUUUAAAAGGGUGUCCAAGUCCGCGGUCAGGUCAUCGAAUGGUGCUAUACAAGCACAAGAUCAUCGUUUUUGGCGGCUUCUAUGACACUCUUAGAGAAGUGAGGUAUUUUAAUGAUUUAUAUGUUUUUGAUCUGGAUCAAUUCAAGUGGCAAGAAAUAAAGCCAAAACCUGGAGCCAUGUGGCCAAGUGCCCGAAGUGCUUUUCAGUUUUCUGUUUUCCAGGACGAGAUUUUUCUAUAUGGUGGUUAUUCCAAAGAACUUUCAUCUGAUAAGAGUAGCUCUGAGAAAGGAAAUGUCCAUUCAGAUAUGUGGUCCCUUGACCCUAGGACUUGGGAAUGGAACAAGGUAAAGAAAAUCGGGAUGCCUCCUGGACCUCGUGCAGGGUUUUCCAUGUGUGUUCAUAAGAGACGAGCUGUGCUAUUUGGAGGGGUGGUGGACAUGGAAGUUGAAGGUGAUGUGAUGAUGAGCUUGUUCUUGAAUGAACUCUAUGGCUUCCAAUUAGACAACCGACGUUGGUAUCCAUUGGAGUUACGGAAGGAAAAGUCAACAACAAAAAAGCUAAAGAAGAUUUCUGAACAAAAAUUUAAUGACGAUGAAGAACUUGAAACAAAUGACAAAGAUGAGAAAUCUGAGUAUGAUGAGGCAUGUAACAUGGAAAUCAACAUUGAACAGAUGUCCCAGCAUAUGAACACAAGCAUGGCCGUCGAUGAAAAUGGAAUAUCAUCCAAAUCUGACUUACCAGAGGUAGUGAAGCCCUGUGGACGCAUUAAUUCUUGCAUGGUCGUUGGUCGAGAUACUCUAUAUUUAUAUGGAGGCAUGAUGGAGGUUAAAGAUCAGGAAAUUACACUUGAUGAUUUGUAUUCUCUAAAUCUCAGCAAACUUGACGAAUGGAAGUGCAUCAUACCGGCUUCGAAAACUGAAUGGGUGGAAGCCUCCGAGGAUGAAAAUGAGGACGAUGAUGAAGAUGAUAGUGACGACGAAGGUGACAGUGGUAGCAAUAGCGAUGAGAGUGAUGAUGAUGAUGACGAUGAUGAUGAUAUGGAGAUUAGCAAAGAUGAAUCUGUUCAAAUGGGGGAUGCAGUUGCUUUAAUCAAGGGCGGAGGAAAGAAACUUCGAAGGAAGGAGAAACGGGCCAGGAUAGAUCAAAUAAGAGCCAGUCUUGGCCUUUCUGAUUCGCAAAGAACACCAUUGCCCGGCGAAACCUUGAGAGAUUUUUACAAACGUACAAACAUGUACUGGCAAAUGGCCGCACACGAACAUACUCAACACACUGGAAAGGAGCUUCGAAAAGAUGGCUUUGAUCUUGCUGAAGGUCGAUACAGGGAGCUUAAACCUAUUCUAGAUGAGCUCGCCAUCUUGGAGGCAGAGCAGAAGGCUGAAGAAGCAGAAGCACCCGAGACUAGUGCGAAAAAGAGAGGCAAGAAGAAAAGAUAAGCUUUAAGUCUCUCCAUACCAUUUUCACGUAUCACCAAGGAGAGUGUAAAUUAACACUUCAUUUUGUUACAAAACUGGUCUUGGUUACUUACUUCAUAUGAGUGUCUUAUAUGUCUUCUCUAUUUCAUAUUCAUACAAUUUUGAGUUGAAUGGCUUAUAAAUCCAUGUUUUUCUUUCU